AUGAGCAACGACUUGAUAAUUCCCGAUGUUCCAUUGACUAAAACUUGGCUUGCUGAUGUUAUGGAAAAGAAAUUGGGAGUUCGUCCAACUGUUGGAACAAGUUCAACACUUGUGAAUGGAGAACUCGGAUAUAUGUCGAUGAUUAGAAAAGUUGGAUUGAAUUUUGAAGUUGAUGGGGAUGAUUCGGAAUUUCCAAAGAGUGUCGUUUUGAAGGUAAGAUUCAUUAUGAGUCUGAUAAAAAGUGCAAAUGAGCUCCUUUUUUUAUUUUUGAAUUUAUGAAUGAAAUAAUUCAAAUUUAAUGAAGAUGUUUUAUAUACUUUUAUAGAAUUUUCAAUGAAUAAGAAAAUCUAAGGGGCACAGAAAACACAUUUUGGAGAAAGAUCUAUUAAAAUCUCCCACAUUCACUCAUUUCAGAUAACAACAACUGGAAAAGGCCUUGAUGCAAUCGAAGGUGCUUCAGGUGAUAUGGAAGCUCCUUCCGAAGCUGAUAAAUCAAUGACCGAGCAAUUCAUGCACAACACAGAAUGCGAUUAUUAUCGUGUGCUUUCUGCCGGUAAGAAGCAUUGAACCACAACCACUACAAUGUGACUUUGAUAAAACAACACAACUUUUCAGCGAACGAGAAACAUAUCAAAAUUCCAAAGAUCUAUGCAUUGGAAGAUACUAUCAAUAAAACAACUGAAGUUCCAGUAAUUGUCAUGGAAAUGUUUGAAAACUGUCAUCUCUAUGAUUUGAUUCAAGGUUUUUCUGAAAACCAACUCUUCAAAUUAGUUGAUGAAAUUGUUGCUUUACAUGUUUUCUCAUUGACAACUGAAGAAUGGAAGAAGAUUAAACCAGAUGCAAAUGUGAGUAGUGCAAGGAAAGUUAUCAUAACUAUGUAAAUCUCGCAUUUUAGAUCGAGAAAAUAAUGGUUGAAUUCCAUGCUGUUAUGCACACAAUAACUGACAAACUUUCCGAUAGUCCAGGAAUGGAAAUUCUCAAAGUUUAUAGUAGAAAUACUUUCGAGAAAAAUCCGCAUUUUCUUGCUGAAAAUGGUCAACAAUAUUUAAAUGGUAAUCGACUUGCUGUAAUUGCUCAUGGCGAUAUGUGGGCUCCACAAAUCUUAUGGGAUAGUCAAGAAAACAUUGCUGGAAUAAUUGAUUGGCAAAUUGCACAUCCAGGAAGUCCAAUGGAAGAUUUACAACAUUUAUUAUCAACUUGUACAACAGUUGAAAAUCGGAAAAGAUUGACAAAACCAUUGAUCGAUCAUUAUUAUCAAAAAUUGUCAGCGGGUCUUGAAGCGAAAGGUGUCAAAGUUCCGUGGACUCGGGAACAAAUCGAUGAAGAAUACAAGUUUCAAUUAGUUGCUUCAUCUGCAUUCACAAUUUUCGCCAAUGGAUUCUGGGCGAACUCUCCAAUUUUACAGGUAAAAAUAGAGCGGUUUUUUGGGUGGGGUUACACCAAAUUUUAAAAAACCUUGCAGAAAGUUAAACGAAAAAUGUCGAGUGAACAAAAAAUUCGAAAAAUGUCACAGGUAUUGUGUAUAGUUCUAUAGAGCGCACUUGCACACCCUUUAGUUUUCCUAUACAUAUCUUCUAGAUUUAAUUGUGAAACAAAAUUCGAUUUUUUAGACUGAUGGAAAACCAGAUAUUGCAAGAAUCACUGAAUCAUUUGCAAGAUGUCAAUCUUUCAUCAAAGAAACUGUUGAAGCUUGGAACAUGGAAUAA